AUAGAACUCCAGGAAGCGGCGGUCGAUUUGAAGGAAGUCAGUAUAGGGAAAACAACACACAGAAUGAUAAUCAGUAUACUGGUUUGCUGCAAGUAUUGCUAACAUUUGCUAACCGUCGGUAAAGUGGUGUUUCAUCUUUAUAAAGACGGUAUCUUUAGUAUAACAUGUAAUUUAAGUGCUGGUAUUUGUAGACAGUGUCGAUACGCUACCACAGUAAAUGUAAGAGACGAUAAUUCACUGUCGAAAUGGAGACUCCUAACUCCAAGUCAGGGACUUCGUUCCGCACACCAGAUGAUACGGUCUAUUCAACAAAACGGCCUAUGAGUGCAACACUUAAAGAACGACUAAAGAAGUCAAGACGUUCCUUUAAAUCCCCCAUCUCUGUGGUGAAACGACUCCAGAUAGACUCUGAGGCUGAUGCUGAUUUAGAGUUGCCCAGGGCGUCCUCAGAACCUGCGGAGAACCCCGGAAAUGACGAUCAGAUGAUGUCAGACUCAAGCCUUGAAACGGCUAGCUUAACUAAUAAAACUGCAUUGGACAGAGCUGAUAGAGUAAAGGACGUAGGCCAAAACUGUCAUUGCCCCAGAAACCCUGCACAGCCACUGCUGCUGGAGGAGAGGGACAGGCUGAAAAAAGAGGUACGAGAAAAAGAGGAGACUCUACGAAGACUGCAAAUGGCAAAAAUGUACAGGGCUAAGAAUGAUCUGACAGAACUGCGCUCUCUGAUAGACAAAUGGCGAAGCUGCAGCCAGUCUGUCCUGUAUGAACUCCAGUCGGCUCUCUCUGCAGAUGGCAGCAAGCUGAGCCUCACACACCUCAUAGACAGCCUGGGACUGGAGGGCACACUGCUGCAUUAUGACAAGACAGAGGAAGACUUCACAUACACAUAAUCCUGAUGG